AUGGCCCAAACUACCGUUAUUUUUCGGUCUCACUUCUUCUCCAAAUCAAAGUCCUCUUUUCAGCUCUUUAGCCGCCUGUUUUCCCGUUCCUCCACCACAUUACCAACGCUUCUUUUCCCUGCCACUCCUUCCAUAAUUCCUGAAACAGUUUUCCCUCCCCGCUUUCACACAAGGCCGUUUUGCACCCCUGCCGAGACGCCCACUUCCAAGAAACGCAAUCCCAAAUUGGUGAAUUUCUCCCUCCCAUCGGAUUCAGAGUCGGAUUCCGAGUCGGGAAGCUCGACUCAGAAAACUGAGGCAAAACAAAUAGAUAAAUCCAAGCUCCCCCCACCGUACGAUCCGUUUAAUAAAAAAUCCGUCAUAGAAGAACCAGAGGAUCCGAAAAACCUCCAAGAAGUUUUCGCAAAAUUAAGAGAAGAUGGCCUCAUGAACAGUGCAGUCAAGAUGUUCGACGGAUUGUCCCAAGAGGGUUUGACCCACGAGGCAUUAGAACUCUUUUCGCAGAUCAAGGAGAAAGGCAAAAUGCCCGAUGUGGUAGCGCACACGGCGGUUAUAGAGGCUUAUAUGCAAGCGAACCAGCCCAAGGAAGCCCACAAAGUCUACAUGAGGAUGCUGGCCAGUGGGGUGCUGCCUAAUGCGUAUACUUAUAGGGUGCUAAUACGGGGGCUGGCGGAGAGUGAGGAGGCGAAGAUGGUGAAGGAGGCAAAGAAGUACGUUGGCGAAAUGGUGGGGCGGGGAAUGCGGCCGAAUGCAGGGGUCUGUGUUUCGACGUUUGAGGGAUUGGUGAAGAUUGGGUUGGAGAAGGAAGGGAGGGAGAUGCUGGAAAUGUUGAAGGAAAAAAGGAUUGUACCGGAGGAGAAUAAGGUUAGAGAAGCUUUGAAGAAUAAGAGAGGUACUGUUUAUAGGACUGUGAUGAGUGUUUUCUAUGAGAAAUAG